UACACUCUCACUCACAUGUAUACACACACACACACACUUUAGUAUACAGUCCUGCAUACUGCUCUGCCUGUCACAUAACAUCACCAUGACUGUCAAUGACCUGCACAUUGGGUAUCUGGUUACGUUAUUCGUCACGGCUUUCAGUGACAGGAGUACAUCUCUCAAGAUGCCCCAAAUGCCCAUGAGAGGGGGUUGUUUUCAGGUGUCUGAGAUUGAGGAGUUUCGCCUACAGGGAGAGGCUGUGGUCCUACGCUGCCCCAAGAUGGAGAGUCUCCUGGUUAAGCGAGGACUACUGCAUGCCAUAGGGCACACCUAUCACUUUAUAGGUGCUGACAUGGAAACUCUGCUACCAAACGACACAGGCCGAGUGAGAACCCAGGACCAUCACCUUUGGUUUCUGCCUGCUAGGACAACUGACACUGGAAACUACACUUGCAUUUUUAGGAAUGCGUCAUACUGCCUCGCUGGGACUAUCUCUCUACAAGUAUACCAGAACAAAGACCCCCACCUGGAUGUGAUCUCAUACCCCUACCAAGCGUUUCCAGGUCACACCGGGAUGAUUGUGUGUCCAAAUGUAAAUGAGUUCAAUAGAACAGGAAAUCUGCAGUGGUUUAAGGAUUCUACUCCUAUUGUAUUGUCAGCUGACCACAAUCGCUACCAUCGACAUAUGGACAAUGCACUCACUAUCCAGAAUGUGAGCCCACGGGAUGCAGGUUUCUAUACCUGUGAGCUAAAGGUGGUCAUUAAUGAUGUUCACUACAAAGUCACCAGGACCAUCAAACUUUCUGUACCAGCACCUGCGGGAGAAUCUACAACUCCCAGCAGUAUGCCGAGUGAGAGCCCAGUAGAACCACUGUUUCUGCAACCAGAGAUCAUCUUCCCCUCUAGUAGUGACAUUUUUGAAGCCUCCAUUGGUUCAAAUCUUGAGAUACCAUGCAGAGUAUUGAUAGGGGGACAGUCAGCUGACUCCACUGAGGUCACGUGGCUGGUGGAUGGCCUGGCCAUUGAAGAAUCCAUUCUGAGGGGUCGAGCUUUUCUGGGGGAGAGAACCAGGGGCAGCCACACUGAGCUGAAGCUCAAUCUUCUGGAGCUCUAUGAAGAGGACACUAGGGCUGUGAUAAAGUGUGUUACUCAGAAUCCAUGGGGACGUCAGGAAGUAAUAGCCCAGAUCAAAUUGGAAAACAAUUCCCCAUGGCUGGUGGUGGGUACAGCUGGGGCUACAGCCUUCCUCACAAUGGUCUUUAUAUUCCUCUACCACCUUCUUAAAGCCCAAAGGAAGGACUACAUUUUGGCAAGGCAGAAUACCAUGUUUUAAGCUUCAUUCUGUUUACUGGUUAUCGUAUGUUUGAAUCUUAAAAUAGACGGCAUGGUCAGCCUCACCUGAAGAGGCAGUUUGAAAAGCGGACUAGACCGGAUCUAUGAACCUCUCACCCACAUUGUUGUUCUCUAUAGAAUCAAUCAGUAAAUGUAUGAUCUUGCAUCUGAAAACUUCAGUCCACUAGUCAAUGCAUUAAAGUUAAAUUGACAGAGAA